UCAAUUUUUGUUAUCACACACAUUUUCUUUCAUUCACACAUUUGAGCGGCAAAUUUUGUAUGCUGAACUGCAGAAGCAGCUAGAGUGUUUCUUCAAAAAUUUUUACUAUUGUAUUUGUUGAUGCUUUAAUUGAGGUCAUCUGACUCUAGAAAACUGAACAUCUUUGAACCACUCUUAAUUAUUCGGUAAUGAGUAAUGACUAUUCUUUAUUAUCAAGCUACAAACUACAUAUAGUCUACUUGGAGAGUCUUGUGAAUGAAUCACGCUCGAACACGAGGCGCUGAUUUUCAACAGGUGAUUUUUGACGAGUGUUUAAUAGUUACCAUUUUCAUUUCAACGUAAUCUGGAACUUUUCGAAAGCUCUUAUUCAGAUCGGAUGCGAAUACAACUUGUUGCUUCAGUUCGCGCUGCAUUGUGGCAUUAUUGUAUUAAUAUUUGAAUGAUUAUUAUUAAUCGUAAUGGCUCCUGUGGUACGCAUUCCUGAUUUGAAAGAAAUCGCAUCUGCUCGCGUAGUGAUCGCUUUAUGGAAUCAUUUCGCAAUUCCGGACCUCGUGUGGUUACACAAUAAGAACGAUGAAAAACCACCGUUAGACGAAUCAGUUUUGGAAUCGUUAGCUAAAUUGAAAGUUCCGCAUUCCAUCGACGAAUUUCUACAGACAUACAUCCAGAAAGUGGAUAAUGAAUUGGACCGUUGGGUUGAUUAUCAUUCCAAUGAAAUUCUCUAUCCCAAUGAAGGAGAGAAGACCGAAUUGUAUAGUGAAAUGGAUAACAUAGUUUGGUACUCGGAUGGCACGAUCAAUUAUAAAGCGACGGCUAGAAAUUUGUUGGAUUCGCUCAGAUUGAGUGAAAUUGAAAAAUACCACAUUCUGUGUUGGUAUUGUUUGAAAGACGAAAUUGAUCGUUUAUCACCUUUGUUGUUCACGAAGAAUAUCGUUGAUCACGUCGACUUUGAGAACGAUCCUGUGAUUUAUUAUUGGAAUUGUUACUUCAGAAACGAGCUGGAUAAGGUGCCUGUCGAAGGAGGCUUAUCGCUGGAUGUUUUCAUGUUUCGGCAUGAGUAUGUCGAAUGGCCUGCUAAAGAGUAUUUCUUCGGUCGCUUGAAUGAGAAGGAACAAGUACAGAAUAUCAUUUUGUUACUUAGAGAGAACGAUCAAACAAUGUGCUCAUACCAGAAACAAUUAUUGAUGAAAUUGAACGAUAAUCAAUUGCAGCAAGUUUAUAUGAAACGGGCUGCGAAGAUAAUUAAAAUAUUCAUGCGCACUCAAGAUGGUCUUCAAGAAAUUCUUCCAACGUGGUACGAUGUUCGCGAUUUAAUCACACGAGAUAAGUUCGUAUGUAUAUUUACGAAUUUGCUGGAUUGCCGUAGAUACGAGUAUGAUGGUGGUGUUCCUGGUACUAUUUUGACGGAAAUUUGGACCAGCGCUGGCGAUGACUUCCGAUCCCAUAUUCUGAAUCAUCGAAAACGUGUAAUUUUGGAGAAAACGUUAAAUUGGUUUAUAAUAGCUGCGGAUGACAGCUUUUUGAGCGUUUUGCUUCAAUCCGCAAAUGCAAACCUCAUACAGAAGAUCAUUAUGAGACCAUUUUUCCAGAAAUGUUGCGAAGAUUUGAUCUCUAGUUUGAAAUUAACAAAGCUGGAACGUUUGUUUAGUGUGUUGUCUGAAAGUGGCGAUUAUUUGAUUCAAUUUAAACGAAAUUUCAUCGAGAGUGAAUUUUUCAUCAAGAGUUGUGACUUACUGUUGAAGUCAGUCGAGUACGAAGAAGAAAAAGAUUAUCUACGAAAGUUGGAAGCGUUAGAACAAUUGUGGAACAUAUGGUUUUCCGAUGUUGAAGAAGUAACUAGAUUCAAGCAAAAUGUCACGAAAAAUAGUUCGUUUGGAAGUUAUUGCGUGUAUAUGUUGUUGGAAGAUAAAUUACCCGCUUUAGAAUACAUAUUGAACUUAUGCCUCCCAGACGACGGAGAAUUUGAACGUGAAUUUGCGGGAAAUUAUUAUUUGCUUGAUUAUUGCGAAGGCCUGAUUGAGCGCGAAAAAUUUCAACUUCUCGAAGAAACUUUGAAGGUAUGCUUUUGCAAUAUCGAUGCAAUGAUUGAAUUUCAAAACAAUCUUAUGAAUAGACCAUCUUUCAAAAGAUGCUGUAAAGAAUCGGUUAAGAACGAAAAGUUUGGAUUUUUGGAGAAUUUGUUCAAUUUUUGUCUUCGCGUGAACACCGUUGAAACAACUCGAUUUAAACAAGAUCUUGCUGGGAAAAAAAUUUCUGAGGAUUAUUUUAGCCGCUUGUUCUGGUGCUUCUUCUGGGAAUACCCGUAUUCGCAACGUGAUCUGGAUCGAUUGUUAAAUCUAUGCCUUCCUAAAUCCGCAGAAUCUAUUCAGUUCGUACGAGAUUUAAUGCAUAAUUCAUGCGAGUUGAAAUACAAUUACGUGCGUUGUUAUUCACGGACGAAUUCAAAAACGAUCGAUGAUUUUCUGAUGCGGCUACUGUUUUCGCAAUCAAACCUCGUGUUAGAAUUCAAAAAACAUGCCUGGAUGUCAUCUCAUGGUAUUGACGUAGCUAUUAAUUUGUUUUCAUUAAAAUUUGAUAAAUUGAGUUACCUCAUUGCGGAUGCUUUCCCGGAAACAGGUUCCGCCGACGAAUUCAAAAGAAAGAUCAUCUUAUCACCUGAAAGUGUCGAACAUCUCCAACAAAUGAUAAUCGAUGGCGAAGGAUUGAACGAGGUGAAAAAACGCAUCAAAGAAUUUCUUCCGUUGAUCGAAGACCAGCGAAUUUUAAAGAAGCAAUUAAUCGAUAAUUUGCAACCGAAAAUUACUGAAAUUUUUUACAAAUACGGUCACUCAGGUUGGCUGUCUCUGAUGCAAUGGUAUUUAGAAGAUGAAAAAGCUAUACUGGAGUUGAAGUCGAAGCUGUCAAUAGAUGGGAUUUUUGAACAGACAUUUAAAGAAUGUAUUUUUCAAUCGUACGAUGAACUUCAUCGAGCAUCUCGUUGUACUUUGAAGAAGAAUUUUGUAUUUGAUUCUUUGGAUCGGCUUUUGAAUUGGUAUUUUGAAUCAUCGAAGCAAGCGAAAGAUUACAAGAUUCGGAAAAUUAACGCUUACGAAAGUAUCAAAACGGUCGAUACUUUGUUGAAAAAGAAUUGCCAUUCGUCUUACAAGACAAAAUUGAUAGACUGGUUUUUUGAAAACGACUCGGCUGAAAUGGCUAAAUUCAAAAAGAAGCACGAAGGAGAACAGUUCGCCAAUAUGAUUAGAAUUCGUCGUGAGAGUUAUUUUAAAAAUAGACGCACGUUGUAGAUCGUAAAUGAUUUUUGAAUUUUAUUUUUUUAUUAUUGUAUUUUCGUGAGUUAUGUGUUUUUUAUAAGAAUUAUCGAUAAGUUUUAAGAGUUGAAAUUGAAAAUCAAUGUUAUGUUUGUUUUUAUUCGUAACUUUGUUGUUAUUUUAGAUCUCAACUUCGAACCCCUACUCGUAAGUCAAAUUUGUGUUCUGUUUUCGUUAAAAUAUAGCUAUUCGCUU